GUUGGGGGUGUGUGGGCGGCCGGCCCAUCCUCGGAUCAGCUGGGUUCUCUGCCCGCCCCCUCUGACUCACGCUGACAACCUUCUUCCUGCCCCUGGCCACCUCUCUGCCCACUUGCUUCCUCAGUACCUUGGUCCAGCUCUUCCUGCAACGGCCCAGGAGCUCAGAGCUCCACGUCUGACCUUCUAGUUAUGACCAGGACCAAGGCAGCGCUCCUCCUGUUCACAGCCUUAGCAACUUCUCUGGGUUUCAACUUGGACACAGAGGAGCUGACAGCCUUCCGUGUGGACAGCGCUGGGUUUGGAGACAGUGUGGUCCAGUAUGCCAACUCCUGGGUGGUGGUUGGAGCCCCCCAAGAGAGAACAGCUGCCAACCAAACGGGCAGCCUCUACCAGUGCGGCUACAGCACCGGUGCCUGUGAACCCAUUGGCCUGCAGGUGCCCCCGGAGGCCGUGAACAUGUCCCUGGGCCUGUCCCUGGCGGCUACCACCAGUCCCCCCCAGCUGCUGGCCUGCGGCCCCACCGUGCACCAUGGGUGUGGGAGGAACAUGUACCUGACCGGACUCUGCUUCCUCCUGGCCCCCACCCAGCUCACCCAGAGGCUCCCGGCGUCCGGGCAGGAGUGCCCAAGACAGGAGCUGGACAUUGUGUUCCUGAUUGAUGGCUCGGGCAGCAUCUCCCCCGGCAACUUUGCCACGAUGAUGAACUUCGUGAGAGCUGUGAUAAGCCAGUUCCAGAGACCCAGCACCCAGUUUUCCCUGAUGCAGUUCUCCAGUGAAUUCUACGUACACUUCACUUUUGAGGAAUUCAGGCUCACCUCAAACCCCCUCGGCCUGUUGGCUUCUGUUCACCAACUGAGAGGGUUGACACGCACGGCCACUGCCAUCCAAAAAGUCGUGCGCCAAUUGUUCCAGGCCUCACACGGGGCCCGUGGGGAUGCCACUAAAAUUCUCAUUGUCAUCACUGAUGGGAAGAAAGAAGGCGACAGCCUGGAUUAUAAGGAUGUCAUC